UCCCACUGACAAACGACGUACACUGUCCAGUAUCUGUACCCCUUUCAGCCUGGGCUUACGCAUCGUGCACCCAGUGACACGAAGACAAUAUGGCGAAUCUUCGCUGGAUGAUCCUUCUGGAGUUAUGGACUGUUGCCUUCUCAAGGGACCUCACUUCAUGCACUAAACGAAUCUAUCUGGCUCGAGCUGAACAAAUUGACCCGAACGGUCUCAGGUGCUGGGAUACAGUCAAGGUCCCUUCUUGUGGAGGCAGAUGUGACUCUAGAGAAAUCUCCGACUGGCAGUUCCCGUUUAAGCUGUCACGGCAUCCGGUGUGCGGAUUUGGUGCUCGCAAGCCGCUGAUCGUGCGCUUGCGUCACUGCGACCCGGGAGUGGCUGCGGGCACCGAGGUCUUCCAUUACGUCGCCGCUGACGACUGCCGUUGUAAGGUCUGUUCCUCUCAACACACGAGCUGUGAAUGGCUACCACCAAAUUCUACACUACUGGACGCCUUGGUUGAUGACGGUGACUCUGAAUAA